UUAACCUACUGUCUAGCUUAGCACACUGACUUGCUCACUCAUGCCAAGCUUGAGGCACAACAACUCCUUAGUGAUUGCCCUUGACAAGCAGCUUCAUCGGCUGUCCACAUCAAAGAUGAAGUUCAGCAAGGCCCCUGAGCUCCUGAAGAAGGCGGUGACGGCGUUGAAGAGCAAGACCGAUGCUCUCCGCACCAAGCUCAUCAUACUGGCCUCGUUGCGCCGCAGGAUGGCGAUGGUCGGCGCGGUGUCUCGCAGGAUCCACGCGCUCGUGUUGUCGUCGGACCGGGAGAAGAUCAGGGCGGAGCACUACGACAGGGCUCUCGAGGUGCUGCGCAAGGAGAUGGCGGCGAGCACGGAGCUAGCCGGUGAUCAUGAUGGCAAGGUCGAUCUUGAUCUCUUUGAGGUGGCGAUGUUUGGCGAAAAUGGCGAUGGCCACCCUGACUGGACCCACUCGCUCUUUGACGAUGACAAUUGUUACAACGACGACGAGGAGGAUGGUCGUGACGAUCGUGAUGAUCUUCACGUUCUUGACGCGCUCGCCGAGCCAUCGGUCAUCGAGAUCAUCAGAAGCAACCGUGAGGUUGAAGGUUUGGAGUUCAACAUGGACGAUGAGAUUGACGAGGCUUGUGAUAUGUUCAUAAAGAGGUUCCGCAGCCGGAUGAACCUGAGCUUUUAGUGAUCUUGUUUUGCUUUCGUGCUUGAUGCCUUGGUGUAAGGAUGAAGAGAGCAGUACUGACAAGUUGAGCGACAAUAGAAGGGGGUUGAGAUACUGAGUUACAGCAGAAACUAGGUGUAAGAGGAUAUGAACUUAUUUUGAUACCAUAUAGAAGUGUAUAAUGAAGUUGUUGAUCUGUUCAUUGACA